UAUUGGAUAUCAUAUGGAACACUUGUUGGUUAUGUUCAACGUCGUGGAUUAUUACCACAUGAUCAUGAUAUUGAUAUAAUAAUGAUGACUGAUGAUACCCCACAACUUAUUAAUAUUUCUCGCAUGAAUUUUUCUUCUGAUUAUGAAAUUAAAGUUCAACCACAAUGGCAUAUCGUCGAUGACACUCAUCGCUCUUAUUUUCUUGAACAAGAUAUUAAUUUUAUUGAACCUAAUGCAAGAUUAUUUCAUCGAAAAACGAGAUAUCAUAUUGAUAUAUUUCCUGCAUAUGAUUUUAAUCCACUUUAUGCAAACAAAUCAAUAGAAGAUAAACAAUCAGAAAAUUUAACAAUCUAUGAUACCAAAUAUAACUGGUUUUCAUAUCCGAGAAGUUGGACAUAUCCAUUGAAAAUAUGUUAUUUUAGUGAUAUAAAAGUGUUAUGCCCAGCAGAACCUGAAAAACUCGUAGCAUUUUUGUAUGGUUCUUAUGCUAUAACAACAUCCAAUAAAAAAUGUGUUAAUGGUAGAUGGGUGUACAAUCAUCAACACAAGAAGAACAAAUCUAGGCAAUAAUAUCUAUCUAAUCUAAUAGAUGAUUUUGAGUUUUUGACCAUGAUCAAGUAGUGGAAAGUAUCAUGAUGGUGUUUUCUUCUUUUGCUUUGUUUUAAAAUUAGUAUUUAAUAAUAAGGUUUUAGACAAAACUACUACUAAUUGAACAUUUGAAUGAUUUUUUUUCCAACGCUGAUAAAAUUUAGAACUUAUUGGAUUCUUAGUCUUCGCUGAUUUUGAACUGAGAGUCGUGAAAGCUACGUUUAUAUCUAUGUGUUUUCUUGGAUUUGUUUUGAGAUUUUUGAGUUAGAAUUUGAAAUCUUCAAUAAUAUCUGUGGUUUGAUAUCAAUAUUAAUAUUGAAAAAUUGCUGACACUUAACAAUUAAUAUUAAAAGUUAAACUUAAAUCUAAUAAUAUAAUAGUUUGUAUUAGUUAAUAUGACUAUCAACUUUAACAUGACAUCUCUCAUCAUCCGAGAAUCAAUUUUUCAAUCUAUGAUCUACUGUUGUUUAGAUAGAACAGAAGGUAUUCGAAUUGAAUCAAUAUUGUUUAUUUAACAGAUCAUUCAAAUUUCAUGUAUUCUGUAAAACUUAAGAUUAGAUUUUGCUUCAACAGAAUCUUCGAAAGUAAGUCGUUUUCAAAUAUUGAACAAUGCACUUUUCUAACAAAGAAACUUCACUAUUACCAUCUUUUGAAACAAUCAGACAGCGUAUCUGGUUUAAUUAUUACUUACAUAGUUUGUUCACAAGUGAACAUCAUAUAUAAUGUCUUGAUAAAAUAACUUUUGAAACAUAAAUUUGUAUUUGCAUUUGAAAAAACAUCCUUUCACAAAUAUUUCUUGUAACUUUGAAACUUAAAUACUACAAUGGUUAUACCGAUGGAGAUAUGAUUUUUGAAAAGAGAAGAUUGUAGUUACAUGCGUAUUUGGCAUAGUCGUUAAAGAAAUUGUCAGAUAUUUAUAAUUUUUCAUUACAUAAAUUCUGUUUUAUGCUUGAAGAAAGAGAACUAAAAUUGUCUUACGUUUUACGGAUCACUUGUUAUAUGAACAUGGUAAACAAAAACCGUGUUUCAAAGAUAAACAGCUAGAAUAUACGUUUAAAUAUGAUGUCAUAACUCAGUUAGAGGAAUGCUAUUAUGUUUUAGCUUCUGUUGAAAAAAAACAACUUAAUGCAACAUUUAUUUAUUAAAAAGCAAAUAUGAUGUUCAUAUAUAUCACACUUAUGAUUUUAAUUCACUUUAUGCAAACAAGUUAGAAAAAUUGAACAGUCUAUGAUUUCCGUUCUACUUGAUUAUUUUAUUGUAGCAGUUUGACAUAUCCAUUAGAAACAUGUUAUUUUAGUGAGAUUAUGGUCUUGUGUCCAUUAGAACCUGAAAAAUCAUAUAGUAGCAAUCAUGUAUGGUUCAAGCGUUACAACAAAAUUCGAUGCAAAAUUACUCACUGAAAGUUCAAUUGAUGAUGAUUCAAAUGGAAAUAAAUAAAAUCAAUAUUCGUUUUUUUUUUCAAUUUAGAGAUUAAAGUUAAUAUAAAACAACAAUAUUCCUGUUGACAUUUUUCAACUUCAAUUCUCUUCUGCCUUACACUUACUUUUGCUAUUCAUGACAAUAAACAUUGUUCUGUGAUACAUUUGCUUCGAAAAUGAAUUUUUUAUUAAUAAGUUAUUAUUUGUACCUGAUUGGUAAUGAUCUUCAUAGAUGAAGCAUUAUUUCGUAUCAUAAUUUUCGAAAAGUCUGUUUGAAAUCUUCAUCUGCUAAGACUAUUCAAUCUCAUUAGUGAAAGAAAUCCUAUUAAGAGCACAAUGUUAAACACAGUAAUACUACCUAUCGAUGAAAUUUACAUACUAGUACGAGGAAAUUUAAUGAGAAUUUUGAGUUACAAUCAUUCUAAACCAAAAACUUGUCUUCGAUUAAUUCGAGAUUUAUUAGACUUUAUCAAAAUAAAACUAAUAUCUCUCCUUUUGUGUUUCACAUCAAGAAAAGUAACAAGUUUUGUACUUGAUAAUGUCCUUAUGUAGAUUCUUCGACAUUAUUCGUAUUAUAUAUUUUCAAAUAGGUGAUAAUGUUUAUGUCUUAUGUCAAUCUACAUAUAAUCAAUUUUAUGUUGUUAAUUUUGGUUUUUGCAUCAUGAAUAGAAAACGGUUGUUGCUUUCAAACAGAAUAUUUGCAAUAGCUUCACAUAUGUUUCUGGUUCUGUUUCUUUUCUCUUCUCAUUGAUUGAUUAUCAUGAUCACAAUCAAACACAUUUCGAAGAAUAGAAAAUAUUAUUGUGAUUGUUUGCUUUAUUUUCUAUCUUGUAUACAUGACACUAUCUUCUUUGCAAAAAAAUAAUUUGCAACGAACCUAAAAUUUGUUCUUAAUAUUCAUCGGAAGUCAAAAUCUGUUUCAUUUUUUGUCAGUGAACAGUAGUAGAAGAAACCAUAACUACUAAAUCAUACAUUGGAGAGGUUGUUUUACUAGUAACCGUCAGACUAGAUCAUAAGAAUUAAAUAAAAAGUAUUUGCAUAAAGCAAUUUUCAUAGUCAAUACUUGGCAGUACUUAGUUAAUCAAUUCAUAGAAAACAAUCAAAGAAUAAAUAGGUUUAGCAUUUUAUUUCUUUUGUGUCUUCAACUUGAUAAUUAUAAAUUCCUUUUCCAGCUGUUACUAUGAAUUCAACAAUUCUAUGCCAAGUUGAUUGUUGUCAAGUAUUGUAAAAUCGAAAAAGUUUUUCUCGCACUUUUGUAAAGUCAAUAUCAGUUAUUUGUAUUGCAGGACUAUUAGUUACAUCUGCUAUCGAUAUCAACGCAAUAUGUUCUCAAGAAAAAAUUGACUACAAACUUAUUAUUGUGCAUACAUUUGAAUAAACGCCAACAUAUGCUUGAAAAGUUAGUAUUGAUACUGUCAACAUUUCUAGUUACUCUUCAACUUAAAUUUCACGUGCUUGUUGCUCUAAAACAUCGUAAGUAGUAUUUUUCGAUACUAGAAGUUUCUCUCAAUCAUAAUUUCAUAAACCAAUUCAAUCAAAACGUAACAAGUGCGUUUUCUAAUUGAGAAAUGAAUAUUUCUCAGAGAAAAUUACUAAUACUUCUUGUUGUGUCACUUUCUGUCACGAUGAUAAUAUUCUAUGAUGAUCAAUGUCAAUUUUUUUCUAAUAUUACUACUAUACACAAAAAUAUCUGGAUUGAGCAAGCUAUUCAACAAAUUCCAACAUGUACUCAAGAUGAUCGUCCUCGU